AUGUUUGCAUCCGGUGUUGUGAAGCUGACCAGCGGCUGCCCGACGUGGUGGCAACUUACGGCGCUGCAUUACCAUUUUGAAAGUCAGUGUAUUCCAACGCCGCUCGCCUGGUUCGCACAUCAGAUCCCUGGAUGGUUUAAGCAGUUGUCUGUACUUGCAACAUACAUGAUUCUGUUACUAUUGUCUCCAUUCAUGCUGCUUCCCGUCAAGCACCUGCGGUGGUUAGCCUUCCUCGGACAGGUGAUAUCUUUUGAGAAAUUUGUCCUUCGGAAAAGUGGUCCGUGGAAAGAGUACGAAUUUUUGUACAAGGUUGGAAGCGUGGCCCGACGACCUCCUGUCAACAUCCCUCACCAACCCCGAAUCGAUUGGCAGCUUUGGUUUGCUGCCUUGGAUUCGUCUUAUUUAAAUGAUCCGUGGUUUAUAAAUCUGGUUUAUCGACUGUUUACAAAUUCAACGGAAGUCUUACACCUUAUCGAUCGAAAUCCAUUUUUAAAAACAGCGCCAAAAUUCUUGAGAUCCAAUCGUUAUCUGUACCACUACACAACUUUUUCAGAUUUGAAGUACCAAAAUUGCUGGUGGUGGCGAGAAUUCGAUGGUGUUUUUAUGCCGGUCCUUGCACAUGAUAACCCACAUUUGAAACAAUACUUAGUGGAAUCUGGAAUGGUUCUCGAGGUAACUCGUCGUUUGAUUUUCUGA